AUGCCGCGCAGCAGCCGAUACAACGGCAGACUGGGUUUGAGCACUGGCCAACGGGUGGUGACUGUUCAGAAGGGACCCCUCUACCGUGUGAGGGGGUCCCACAUCACACUGUGGUGCAAGGUGAGCAGCUACCAGGGCCCGGCAGAACAGAACUUCCAGUGGUCCAUCUAACUGACCUCGGCCCCCGAGCGGGAGGUGCAGAUCGUCAGCACCCUCGACCCCUCCUUCCCCUACGCCAUCUACACCCAGCGUGUGCGCAGCCGGGGGAUCUACGUGGAGCGGGUGCAGGGGGAUGCCGUCCUGCUGCACAUCACCGAGCUGCAGGACCGGGACGCCGGGGAGUACGAGUGCCACACGCCCAACACCGACGAGAGGUACUUUGGGAGUUACAGCGCCAAGACAAACCUCUCAGUGAUUGCAGACACCCUCUCGGCUUCCAUGGCACCCCAGGUCCUGACCCACACUGAAGGGGACAUGGUGGAGCUCACCUGCGAGGUGUCCAAGUCCACGGCCCAGCACACACACCUCUCUGUUGGCUGGUACCAUCUUCAGGGAGCCGGACAUCACCGUGCCGAGGAGGUCCUCACCCUCUCCAAGGACUUCGUCUUGAGGCCAGGGCCCUCUUACGCACAGAGGUUUCUGGUGGGGGACGUGCAGCUGAACAAGAUUGGGAACACCACGUACAAGCUCUCCAUCAGGGGAGCGGAGCCAUCCGACCAGGGGCAGCUGUACUGUGAGGCGGCCGAGUGGAUUGAGGAUCCUGAUGAGACGUGGAAGGACAUCUCCCGCAAGCAAACAGGGAGGACGUCACUGGUGGUCAUGAGCCAGGGCAGAGACCUCUCCGUGGACGUCGCUGCUGCUGAAAGCUCCCUUUCUGAAGGUGAUACCUUGCAGCUACAUUGCAUGGUGGGAGCCCAGAAGAGCAGCAGCAGGCACUUCCAAGUGCUUUGGCUCCUCAGCGGUGUGGAAGUGGCCAGGGUUGACCCCCAUGGGGUAUUGAUUUGGGAGGACGAAUAUGAGGAGAGAGCCAAGCUGGGGCAGCUCCGAGCAUUCAAGCAAAGCAACACGGUUUAUGUCCUCACCAUCUAUGAGGUGGGGCUGAAGGACAAUGAGAGCCGCAUGCGCCUGUCCGUGUCCACCAGCACGCCGCAGGUCAUGGCGGGAGAUGCCUUGAUCCUCCUUUGCGAGGUGCGAGGAGCAACCAGCCCUGUGUCCGUGCAGUGGUGGCACCUGCCACCACAGCACACGGGUCCCCAGGUGCUGGUGGCCACCAUGGAGCGGGAUGGCACCCUGAGCCUGGGCAGCACCUACCAGGAUGGUGGAACUCGGGGGAGUCUCCGUCUGGAGAAAGCGAGCUCCGGUGCUUUCACCCUCGUGAUCCCCAACACGUUGGAUGAGAGUGAUGGCGGGUGGUAUGGGUGCAAAGCGACAGAGUGGUCCCGAGGCCAGAGCUGGACAGAGGAGGGGGAAACAGCAGUGACAGUCAGCUCCAUGGGCUGGGCACCCCCCACGCCGUGGGUGGCGGCGGGGGGGCGGGGCAAAGAGUUCGGCAGAAGGACCACCCUACCGCUGGGACAGUCGGCGGCCACCGCCAGGUCCAAUGCCGUGGGGAUAAAGGUGGUGCUGCCAGAAAGCAAGCUUCGGGUAGCUACGAAAGAGAGCUCUGUGGAGAUUGCUGGUGGUGCUGACACAGCCAUUGAGUGCAGGAUUGUGUUUACCCAGAAUAAUUCUCAGUUCACCAUUACCUGGUACUUCCUACCUCCUCCUCCGGCAGAUGCAACCCCACUGCAAAUCGUAAAGGCUGACUACAGCAGCAUACUGGAAUACGGGGCUGAGUUCAGCUCUCCUGCACAAAAGUCCCGGUUCCUGAGCCAGAGGGUGUCCAGCAACGUUUUCUGGCUGCAGAUACUCUCUGCAGACCCCAGGGACCAGGGCAGGUACUACUGUGUGGUAGAGGAAUGGCUCUGGCUGGUGGACAGCUGGUACAAACUCGGAGAGGGAGCAUCAGGAGGGACCACGCUGGAGUUCAAGCUCCCAGAGCGCGAACUGCAGCUGGAGAAAACCAACCGCAGCAUCUCAGCGAGAGAGGGCGAGGAGGUGACACUGCACUGCCUGCUGCAGGGUGCCCCCCUGCCCACCACCCACCUCUCGGCCACCUGGUUUCGGGAGGAGGAGAACGGCCGUAUCAGGCCCCUGCUCACCCUCCACCGCGACGGUGCUAUCGAGUACCCCCAGGAGAGCCUGGCAGGGAGGCUACACCUCCGUCGCCCCACCGCAGGUGACUUCAGCCUGACAUUGCCCAGCGUGGAAGAAGGUGAUGCUGGCGUGUAUCACUGCCAGGUGCAAGAGUGGCAGCAGCAGAGUGAGGGGAAGGACUGGGCUCUCCAAGCCUUGGCGCACUCAGGGUACACCCAGCUCACCACCAUCCCGCCAG